AUGGCCGUUCCGACGAGUGUUAUUGUCAACACGGAGGACAUAUCCUCUCCCUCUCUUGCCGAGGAGCUUAUCUCUCCAGUGACUACAGAUUCCAUGGUGACAGUGCCGCUGUCAGAUCGCCAAUCGCUUUCCGAAAGCAUCGCAACCGAGUUCGAUAGUCCUGCGACUCCGAUCGAUGAGAAAGCAGACCAAAUUUCUUUCAUGGGCACCGCGACACAGGUGGAUCUGACUCCAAAGAGUGACGUUACCGGGAAAGUGGUUGAGACAUCUAUGGCGGGAGAAAUGAAACGGUCAUCGAGUAUAUCUAACGAAGCAGCGAACAAUACACAAGAUGGAUAUGAAUCGUCAUCAUCUACGGAAAGCACCGGUGGAGUUGAUUGGGAAAAACUGGACAAAUCAGAGGAGCAGGAACCGCGGACACAAGGAACAGACGAGUCUACGGCGUUAUUGCUGGCCCGCCUAGAGCAAGAGAAUAAUGCCCUCGCGACGAAUCCUAAAUCGGGGCUCGCAAAGAAAACGCAUCGAAAGUCUCGUCCCCCUUCGAUACAACACUUGCAGAAACUCGUCAACGAUCCGCACUCAUCCCUACGAUACUCUCAAUUACAGCCGCCACCUAUGACCGAACUCGAAUUCUGGGCAGCACUUGUCGCGGACUAUCCCUCGACGGCUCAGAGGCUGCCUACGUUGACAUCGCACAAGAUUCGCGCCGGAGUUCCGCCGCCGCUACGUGGAGUAGUCUGGCCUAGUAUUGCUGGAGCUAGGGACACACUAUUGAUAGAGGAAUUUGCACGACUAUGUAACGAAUCGAGCCCUUACGAAGGACUGAUUGGCAAAGAUAUUGGCCGUAGCUUUCCGAAUGUUGAGAUGUUCCGUGACCCUAACGGGGAGGGCCAGCAGAUGCUGGCAAGAGUACUGAAGUGUUUCAGUCUGUACGAUACAAAGAUUGGAUAUUGUCAAGGGCUUGGAUUUGUCGUCGGCCCUCUGUUGAUGCACAUGACGGAUGCAGAGUCAUUUUGUGUAUUGAUUAGGCUCAUGGAACAUUAUGACUUGCGGUCAUGCUUUUUGCCAGACCUGUCAGGUCUCCAUUUGCGGAUCUACCAAUUCCAGAMCCUCCUCUCCCGCCAUAUACCAGCCUUGUUUGCCCACCUUCAGUCUCUGAACAUAGAGCCGAUCUAUGUCUCACAAUGGUUCCUUUCAUUCUUCGCCGUCACAUGCCCGCUACCGAUGUUGCUUCGUAUAUAUGAUGUUCUGUUGUUGGAGGGAGCUUCCGAGACACUGAUGAGAGUCGCGCUGUCACUCAUGCAGCGCAACGAGAAGAAGAUUAUGGGAUUUACCGAGUUUGAGGAUGUUCUGCAAUUCUUGUUGUCUCGAAGUUUAUGGGAUACCUACGCGUGCAACGCCGACGACUUGGUCAAUGAUUUCGUUUCAUUGACUCCUCUUGUCUCAAGAGAAAGCCUUCAAGCACUGGAGGCGAGUUAUAGCCAGUCUCAGGGCGUACCAACGGGAAUUUCGUUCCCGCAGAUGCAAGCUACAGCAUCUCGAUUCCUCGGUCGAUUGUGGGCUGGCUCUCACAGAUCGCUGAACCCUUCGGCUGCACGGCCCGAAAGUACGGUCAGACGCUCGCCGUCCAAACAGAGCAUGGCGUCUACACUCAACUCUAUGGAGACCUCCGUUUCCGACGCCAGUACUGCUCCUACAGAAGCUUCUUUAGGAGGCGAGCAGAAAGUCCGAGCAAAGUCGGCGAUUUCACAUAAAGAUCGAGAUUUGCACGGACAGAUUGAAGAUCUGCUCACAGCUUUGAGCGAUAUGCAGCGGGAACAGGCAGAGCUGGCUAGAGAUUUACAGAGAGAGCGCGAAGAACGAGAAGAGGACCGAGAAAUUUCGAGAGCUCUACUAAGCCAUAUCAAGCAGUCUGAAAUAAAUGAGGAUACUGAGGAGCUCCUCAGCAAGGCAGAGGAACGAUUUUCGUCGGUGAACAAACGAGACUCGAUUCUACAGACGAAGCAUCAAUUGAGAGACGAGGCAGGCAGAUGGAAAGAAAAACAUGAGAUGGAAGUGGCACGAUGCGCCGAUCUUACACGACAGCUUGAUGACCAUGAAAGCGAGAACACUCGCCUGAAAGAGGAGUUGCGCGAAGCGCGGUCACGUAUUCAUGACGGAUACAGAGAGAAACAGAAACUGGAGCGAACGGUCCAAGAUCUUCGUGCACGCAAAGGCGUAGUCGCUGACAAUAGCAGCCAAGACACAUCGGGUGCGGCCAGUGACAAUGAAGCAUGGCCUACUUCGUCUACCGGUCUACGUGAAUUCAAGCUUGGCCGAUCAAAGACAGAAGUCGGAAGGUUUCCCAAGCGGUCUAGUAGUCUAGGUCUACAAACUCUGCUGAGUCAAUCGACAGGUCAAUCGACCGAAUCCGACAACACUACAACUACGAAUGCCGGUUCAGAAGAUUCACUAUUACUGGAGCUUGUCAAUGCCAAGACAGCAGAAGCAGUAGCGAAACAAGAAUUGGAAGAAGUAAAAGCCAAGCUGGACUCUCUCCGAAGAUUGAUGAACGGACAUUCUCGAGUGAACACGUCGACCGGUGAGAUGCCAACGAAUUUUUCCACACCGACGAACAAAUUAUCGCCCGAAUCGAUCAAGGCCACUCCGACAGGCGGUGGGUUUUUUGGCUGGGGGAGAAGAAGUGCGUCAACAGUUGGUGUGACGGAUUCUAAAUGA